CGGCGCGAAGAACGCGGGUUAAGAAAUAUUACGGACGUGCAUCGCGCGUGUAUCGUACGCGUACGGAGGAGGAUUCGAAGGACGCGUGUGUUUUUAGGGGGUGAGUAUAAACUAUGCGACGAGGAGUGUGUAAGCAUAGUUUGGUAAGCAUUAAGCAUGGAAGCAGAUGUCAUUCCACGGUUGACGAUCGCGAUCGCAGCUGGCUUCUGAGUUUAGAAAGCCCGGCGGACUGCGCCGGGGUUGAAGAGUUGUAGGUAUAACGAACGGUGGCGCGCUAAAAAAGGAGAACGCGAAGAAGAAGAAGAUGAUGACGACGACGACGUGGAGGAGGACGGAGGAGGGCGAAGAGAUCCCCGGAAGUGAGGCAGGCCAGAGGCCGCUUUACUCUCAUAGUUCUUGACAAGGGCAACAAUCGUAAACAAACUAGAGCUGGAAGAGGAGAAAAGAAAUGAGUUGUUCUUCCUUACUUGCGGAGCGAUCGUUCGGGUGGACGGACGCAUAUAUUUUGUACCAGUCUUCGUCAUACCAGACGCCCUCUGCCAGAGCAAUAUUUCAUCGGUCAUCCAACCAGUCGUCGGCACCGGGUUCGGGGUGCUUCGCCAUUCGUUGGAGGAAAAGCAGUCCAGCAGACGACGCCCGGCUUUCAGAUUCUCAAUAAUUCUGUAUUCAUACGCCAUCCACGAGAUUUUCAUAUCGUUACCAAGAUUUCAAAUACAUUCCGACGACCGAAUGUGAAUCGCGAGAGGACACAUUUUCCCGUCAAUCUGUCGCAGUCAUCGGGAUCGUCAAGGGCACUUGGUAUAGAUUUUAUUUGUAAUUUCAACGCAAAUUACCGUCUUCAAUUAAAGGAAGACGGAGAAGACGAGGCAGAAGCGUUAAUUAACGUCGUUUGUACGAUGUGGACCGCUCAAACGUCCGUUCGAUGCAUGAAUAUAUCGAUAAACGAUAUCGUCGUUAUGAUUAUCACUAUAUUUUCCGACGUGCGAUUGACGGAAACGAAUGGCAGAAAGGGGUUGUCGCUUUCCAGCGUACAACUUAUACGUAAGAUAUACGUUGUAUAAAUGAUGUUGAAAUUAUUGGUAAUAAUGUGAAUGCGAUAUCGUAAAAUUAUUCUUACCAACGAUCAGUAAGUGGAGAAUAAUUUUUCCGGAAAAAGGGGUCGGCGAACGGAAAAGUCGAGGAGGAGCACCGUCGAGUUUUUUAUUUGACAAAGAACCCCGUUGUAUCAAGAAAAUAUAAAGCUCGACGCUCUAUCCAUUUUAAUUAUUAUGCGUCGACCUUUAAUUAACGCAUACAAAUUGUCUGCUAGGGACUGAAAUUUUCGGGGUGCAUUUCAAACGAUUUACAUGCAUAAAUGUAUAACGUGAAAUUUGAAUAACCCCCAACUUUUCGCCGUACAAAUAAACCCCUGAAUAUUGUCGUAUAUUUUUUUUUAACAUUCGCAAUAAUUCACUUGUUCGGAUAUCGUAGGGAGGACGAUUUUUGUCCAAUGGAAAUUUUCACAGUUUCAAAAUAGAAAUAUCGUAGGAGAAAUACCUAGCGCGGAUAUACGUAUCCAUGUACCGCUGCACGGAUACGCGAAUACGCUGCACAGAUUAUCAUUAAAGUCAUUCACUCCAAUCAGCACAUCCUCAUUGCCGACUUGCAGUUCUCAUGAUUCGGUCCAAUUGUUUCGCGAAUUUACCGUUACAAUGCGAUAAUUAGGUAACUAUACACUCGGUUAUGGUGCGUAGGUAUAUCACUCGUUACUUUUGCUUCCAUUGUAAAAUAAUUAGAUUCGAUCUGCGUAGGGUAUAAUUGCGCGACGAUUUGGCAUAGACACUGCCAAUCGAACGUAUGAUCAGAAAAAACUUUACCGGAUAAUAUAAUCGUUUUUAAUAAUGGCAUUUGUCAUGUAAACGAGAAUACCGCAGGGAACGGAGUCGAUCGUUAUUCGAAAAAUUUCUCGUUUCGUUUAUUCUUUCAUAUAAUAAAUUUCGAGGCAAAAAUUAACUUGGGGUAGGGGACACCCGGGUUUGAACCGGGGACCUCUCGAUCUGCAGUCGAAUGCUCUACCACUGAGCUAUAUCCCCUGGUGACUGUAAUGAAUUAUUAUUUCUUUUUAUAGAUAUUUUGUCGAGACGACGCUGCAGUCCUUGAUAGUGAAAAUUCAACCGUUGAUCAAUUUCCACAUCAGAUACCGACGAUAUCUGAAAAGAAGUCCAAAAGUUAAUUAUCGGGUCAAUUUAGUAAUCCAAUUAUGCGAAUUGAUCAUCUUUUGUCGGACCAAAUCAUGUGGGAAUGAUUGUUGAAUGAUGCCGAUUCGGGGAUAAUGAUAAUGAUGGUAACAAUAACAGCGAUAAUAAUAAUAGGUUCCUAUCUAUGGAGAUUUUUAUCGUUGCAGCAUAAAGGAAGAGAUGUGGCCUUUGAAUCCUCCCACUCCGAUGCUACAGCUGUUGUAUACCGAAGUAUAACUGGCUUAGCACUUAUCAGCGUAAAAAUGAUUAUUAUCAACUUGGAUAAAAAUAAAUCCUACUUUGCGUAUUCGCAUCAAACAUCAGCUGGAAGCAAACCUUAUAACAUUUCGAAUACUUUGUCUUUGCUGCAUGACGUGCGGGCCGUUCGGAGUGAUUCUAUUGUAAAUUGGAACGAUAAAGUAUAAAUAUAUUUCGAGUUUUAUCGCGUUAAAGAAGAAAGUUCUUGAAUUCAUGAAACCGCGGCAUUACAGAAACUCGUGUGAUACGUUAUUGCUAUCAUCGGAAUCCGCGUUUGUUACAACUCUAAUUAUCACAGUAUUUCGUCAUCUAUUUGCUGAUUCAUUCUACACGUAGAUGAGGGAUUUUCGGUGAUCGUCGUUUCAGAGUUCAACCGCCGAUUUUAUGUCUGAUAAGAAUAAGGUUUUCUGAUUUUAUUUUCUCCCGCUAAAACCCAUUCAAUCGUGGAUCCAAAAUCGAAGUGUGCUGAACGAGAAAUUUGAGUUUUUGUAAAUUCCCACUCCCACGCUGAUCCCCACCCAGUUUCGAUAUUCCGAUUAGCAGACGACAAAAUCAACUCGACCCAAAAGGCGGAACGAUAGUGAGCGAUACAACCAGCCGACCCCUUGACGUGUUUAUUAUUCUUGUAAACCGCGUUUGUAAAAUUGUAAAAACAGUGAAUAGUGAUAAACUGACACUGUCGGAAAUCUAGACCCAUGGCUGACCAUGAGGGGUUUGAAUCGAAUAGGUUUGAAAACCGCGUAUCGUGGAUGGUAUGUAGACAUUGGGCCAGUCGUUGGAAGUGCUGAUAAAAUAUGGACAAUAUCAUUGAACGAGGAAUCGCCAAAGACACCUAUAGUAUUGCUGCAUGGAUUAGGUGCAGGAGUAGCUUUGUGGUCUUUAAAUUUGGAUGCCUUAGCAUCUCAGAGACCGGUGUAUGCAAUAGACAUACUUGGGUUUGGUCGGAGUAGUAGACCAGUGUUUAGCAAAGAUGCAUUGGAAGCUGAAAAUCAACUUGUUAAAUCCGUCGAAGAAUGGAGGCGUGAAAUGCAACUGGAAAAUGUUGUUCUUCUUGGUCAUUCGAUGGGAGGAUUUUUAGCCGCUUCUUAUGCCAUCCAGUAUCCAGACCGAGUGAAGCACCUGAUUUUGGCUGAUCCCUGGGGCUUUCCCGAAAAACCAUCGGAUGCAGCUGCAAGACAAAACAUCCCACUUUGGGUCAAGGCUAUAGCAUUUGUCGUACAACCUUUAAAUCCAUUAUGGGCAGUAAGAGUCGCUGGUCCAUUCGGACAGUGGUUAAUUGAAAAAACUAGACCAGACAUUGUGAAAAAAUUUACCCCGCUGUUGAAGGACGACGUUGGAAUUAUUGCACAAUACAUUCAUCAAUGCAAUGCUCAAACGCCUUCCGGAGAGAGCGCGUUUCAUGCAAUGAUGCAUGGAUUUGGCUGGGCCAAAUAUCCGAUCGUUAAGAGAAUGGAUAAAUUGAGCCAGGAAAUUCCCAUAACUUUGUUGUAUGGCAGUCGAUCCUGGGUAGAUAACACUGCCGGAGAAACAAUAAAGCAAAAUAGAGCAGGCUCGUAUGUUAAUGUACAGGUAAUUUCGGGUGCCGGUCACCAUGUGUAUGCAGACAAAUGUGAUACGUUCAAUAAAUACGUAUUAGAAGCUUGUGAUACGCUUCCAGUUGUGAAACCAUCUAGUGUACACUUAUCGAUAGACGCAGGCAGUGACGAAGCCUCUAUUAAUAACGAGGAGGAAGUUGAACUAAAAAAUGUGGAACCGCAAGAACUAGCCAGUUCUAGACCACGAUCUAGUUGAAGAUUGUAGUGAGCCUAUACAUUCUAUAAAUUCGAACACUGUAAUAUUGUGAUGUUAGUUUAUACGCGAGAUCUAUCCUGGAACAGAGUGGAUACAUUCAGCUGACAAUAUCGUUGAGAGUGUUUGAAAUUGCACAAAAAAUUCUUUCCGAAGCAUGUAAACUCAGUGUGCAAACAUAUUACCUCAUGUAUAAAUCUAAUAACUACUCAUUCUUGAUAGUCUAAUUUCGACGGGUCUAAAAAUCGAAGUUUAUAUCUAGCAACAAUUACAUGAUCAUCAAUAUCACGUUAAUAUCUGUCACAGAGAGAGUGACAUUAGGAAAAUGUUUUAAAAAAUUACCUCUUGAUCUAGUUGGACUAACAUACUUCCAACGAUCACUAUUUGUAUUACUUUACACACAUAGGAUUUGUUGAAUCGUGUUAAAUUAGCCCUAAAUUGAACUUGUUAAGUGCUUCUAAUCUUUAUCGGGUUCUCUUUUUUUCAAUCAGACAUGCUCGUUCAUGUGAUUCCUAGGAAUUAUCUCAAAUCUAACUAUAUUUAUAGUACAAAUUUUUUAGUUAAUCUGUUGUAUACACUGGUAUUUCAAUAUUUAUAAAUGCAAAAUGUCAGGUAAAUGCCAUGAACAUGGAACCUGAGCCAAUAUUAAAUAUUAUCCAUAAAGGUAAACGAGAAUGUACCUUGAGUUAUUCAAAAUUCUUACGGAAUAAUCGUGUAAUCAAGAUUUGGUAAGAAAUGGAGAAAACCAACAAUUCGUAGCUAAUUAAUUUCAAUUCUUGCCUAUCGAGCCCAUUUAUGUACAAAAAAACUUGUAAAAUUUCAUAAACUUGCCCAGUUUUCAAAUACCUACCUAUUUCACAUCACACAAUAAUCAGACGGAAGUUUACUAUGUAAGUAUUAUAUUUAAAUGAAACAAUAAAAGUCUAUAUUCUUUGUUUA